AAAGCGUAUAAAACGUACAUGUCAUUCUUUAAUAAAGAACACAGUGUACCGUAAUUGUUGGCAAAUUGCUGUGGAAUAAGAGGACAUACUGUGGUAUACAACACUUCGUGACAUGUUAUCGUUGAAUAAUCAGCUUCUGUGUGGUGACAGGAACUCUGCUUAGUGCCGAGACACAUUGCAUCACCCUGUCAUUGCUUCUUUUCUUAUAACGUUACACCACAAAGUUUUUAUUUAUUUUUAUUAUUAUUCCUUACUUUACUAUUUCUAUUGAUUGUAUUAAACCAGUCCCAGUUUUCCAAGCAGGGUUUCUCAGCCACAUAAUACACUUAUGCUAGUAAAAGGAUUUAAUGAUCAUGUUCAACGUAGACCAAUCAGCCAUAACAUUAAAAACCACUCACAGGUGAUGUCAAUGACAUUUGAUUAUCUUGUUACAAUGGCACCUGUCAAUGGGUGGGAUAUAUCAGGCAGCAAGUGAACAGUCAGUUCUUGAAGUUGAUGUGUUGGAAGCAGGAAAAAUGAGUAAGUGUAAGGAGCGAUUUUGUCAAGGGCCAAAUUGUGCCGGCUAGACAACUGGGUCAGAGCAUCUCCAAAAUGGCAGGUCUUGUGGGGUGCUCCUGGUAUGCAGUGGUUAGUACCUACCAAAAGUGCUCCAAGGAAGGAUAACCGGUGAACCGGUUCUGGUCUGAUCCCUUAGAAGAGCUACUGCAGUAUAAAUUGCUGAAAUGGUUCAUUCUGGCUAUGAUAGGAAGACGUCUUGUGGAGUCCAUGCCUCGCGGGUCAGAGCUGUUUUGGUGGCACAAGGAGGACCUACACAUAAAGAGGUGAUUUUAAUGUUAUGGCUAAUCAGUGUAUAUUCAACGUUGUGUACUAGUAAAAAAAUAAUUAAGGAUCUACUAUUGUACUUCUAAUGAUUUUUUGUCCCUAUAACAGCCAGUGUUAAGUUUUUUAUUUGUCUCUCUUGUGGGUAUUUAAACAUUUCAUCAUGCUCAUCUGAUGACGCAUGAUGGAGGAAUAUUUCAGUGUUUAUUUGUUAGUUUGUUAAUGAAGUUCUUCUUUGGAGGUAUCCGCAAUGACAGAUUAACUAUUUCUGUCUUCAAAAACGUGAUCCAGCUGAUAUUUGUACUCUGUAAAUGAAGCCAGACUAAUCACCCUUUUCAUUACAGACAGCAUGUAUUUGACCACAUGGCAGGUCUUAGAUCAACUGUAAACAAACAUUUGCAAAUAAUACACUUGUGGGUCAUUUAAGAGUGUCUCGGCUGUCUAUACUGUGCCUAUAUGCACAGGUCUAAAUACAAUCUGUAUUUAUAUACGGGAAUAUAUCCAGAAUGAUAUAACAAAUUUAAAACAAAAAAAAAAAAAAAUACCACCACAAAACUCGGGUGAAUUUAAAUCAUUUCACCAAAAUCUCUUCUCGUGUCGUCAUGACGCCCUGAUUUCCGUCAGCACAGGCCCCGCCCACCGGCGAGCGCGCACACAUUCCCAUUGUCCAAGAUGGCGGCGUAGGUGCAGCGGAUACGAUGCUUAUGUUUUUAUCGCGUUUUUACCGUUGUUAUUAUUUUCUUCACUGCUCGCUGAACGCUCCUUUGCUGUGCGAACGCGCGUUACGCUUUCCCCACUCAACAUCUUGAUGUGCAACGCGUCGAAAACCGCGGACUUUGUUGUGCAUCCGGUCUGGAUUCUGUUUGGCUCGGGAAAAAGUUUGAGCAUCCGAAAAUGAAAAGGCAGGCCGAGCGGGACUCCAGUCCGAGCAGAGCUCUCGCUAAACGGAUACGGGAGCGAGAACGAGACCGCGAAGGGAGCCGGCGGGAAGAUGCAGUAGUCGUUAAUCCGCCGCCGCUCGCGCUGCUGCUCGCCGAGAGUCGGAGCUACCAAAAACAGCAGCAGCAGCUGCAGCGCGCGCGAAGCCGCAGCGGCGAGCGCGAGAAGCCCCGUGCGCGGGAAGAGCGUGCAGGCCUUCUCCCGCGGCCUCCGUCCAUCCUCCCGAAAAGCAAAGCCGCCGUCGCUGACGCGCUCGGUAGCAGCAGGGGCACGAGCGGCCUGGAAUACAAGACAUUACUCAUUAGUAACUUGGGCUCGCAGCUGUCUGACGAGCACGUGGAGGACGGGUUGUUUCACGAGUUCAAGAAGUUCGGAGACGUUAGCGUUAAGCUCUCGCACACGCCCGAACUGGGCCGGAUCGCCUACGUGAAUUUCCGGCAGCCAGAGAGCGCGCGAGAGGCUCGCCACGCCAAGGCCAGGCUCGUGCUGUAUGACCGGCCGCUCAAAAUUGAGCCCAUGUACGUGCGGCGUCGUAGCCUCACGCCGCCUGACGUCGCCUACGUGCCUCUGCCUGGUCCGUAUCCCUAUAGGCAACGGUCUCUCUCUCCUGGAGCCAGCGCGAUUAGAGACGUGAGAACUAGACAUUAUGUGGAUAGUCUGAGUCUGCGGGAACGGGAGCGUGUUUUGGACUACUACAGUGCUUUGGAAGAGCGAAGCCGUGCCUUUGCAUACCCCCUGCCCGAGGAUGAUUUAAUGCCUGAGGAUGACCAGCGUGCCACCAGGAACCUGUUCAUCGGCAACCUGGACCACAACGUGUCUGAAGCAGAGCUGCGUCAAGGUUUCGACAAGUACGGUAUUAUCGAGGAGAUUGUCAUCAAACGGCCUGCUCGUGGACAAGGCUGCGGCUAUGGGUUCAUCAAGUUCCAGAACCUGGACAUGGCGCACAGAGCCAAAGUGGCCAUGCAGGGCCGUGUGUUUGGUGGAAACCAGGUGAAGAUUGGCUACGGCAAGGCCAACCCCACCACGCGCCUCUGGGUAGGUGGUUUGGGUCCGAACACCUCGCUGGCUGCUUUGGCACGAGAAUUUGACCGUUUUGGCAGCAUUCGCACUAUUGAUUAUAUGAAAGGGGACAACUUUGCUUACAUUCACUAUGAGAGCCUGGAUGCCGCCCAGGCGGCGUGUGCCCAGAUGCGAGGUUUCCCUCUGGGUGGCCGCAGGCUACGUGUUGACUUCGCCAAAGCAGAGGAGACACGAACCUACCCGCAGCAGUACCAACCGCCCAUCCCGCUGCCCGCACAUUAUGAUAUUUUAGCUGAGGGUUUUGGUCGCCAUCGGAGCCUGGAGAGGGAACUUAGAGCACGAGCCCGCUCACCUUCCCAUCCUCUUUAUGCAGAAAGGGAACGAGAACGAGGGCUCCCCGAACGAGACUGGAGUCCUCCGAAGGGUACAGAGCGGAGGAGUAACCCAGAAGCCUUUGGUCGUACAAGAGCACGCAGUCGUAGCAGAGAGCGCUGGGCAAAAGGCUGGGAAGAAAGGCGCAAGCGCCGGAGCCGAACUCGGAGUCGGAGUGUCAGUCCUGCUGAGCAGUAUGAAGAAAGAGGGCGGUCCAGGGUGCGAGCAGGUCCUCCAAGGACUCCAGAUGACAGCCCUGAACGAACUCGUGGCCGCCUCCCUGACUCCACGUCCGAUCCGCUAGACCACACGCCUGACAGCAGUCGCCAUUCCAGCGACGAGCGACAAACGCAGGAUGCUCGGAAAGCUGGAGAUCCCGAGCGUAACCAUCGCAAAGCUGAUACAGAACCAGACUCACACUCGGAAAAGCCCAAAAGCGAACCUAAGAAGCCCAGCACGCUCUCGGAAUAUGCCCAGACCCUCAGCCGAGUGUGGCACGGCUCCCUCGUCCUGAAAAACAGCUGCUUUCCCACUAGCAUGCAUCUCCUAGAUGGAGGAGCCAACUUCUUCCUGUCGCUUCUGAAGGACCAGACAGACAGCGGCAAGAUCACACAGCUCAAGAUCGCUCAGCGACUGCGGCUCGACCAACCCAAGCUGGAUGAAGUGAGUCGUCGCAUCAGGCUGGGAGGUGCUGAUGGCUACACCGUCCUUCUGGCCGUACAGGGACCCAUGGAUCGUGACUCGCCCCCGCCCGAUGGGCUCCAGAAGCGCUUCCUUCGCAACCUGGUGACCUACCUCAGGAGCAAACAAGCAGCUGGGGUUAUCGGUCUGCCUCUGGGCGGCCCGAAAGAACGUGAGACAGGAGGGAUGCUAUACGCGUUCCCGCCCUGUGACUUCUCCCAGCAAUACCUCCAGACUGUUCUCAAAACGUUGGGCAAAGUAGAGGAAGAACAUCUGGUUGUUGUGGUGGUUAAAGACUCAACUCAACCCUAAUCGUUGGGAUCUACUGUUUUCUUUCGAAAACGCACAAGCGUACAUUUCUAACACUCCAGACUUUCAACUUCCAGGCGUUUUUUUUUUUUUUUUUUUUUUUUUUUUUUUUUUUUUUUUUUUUUUUUUUUUUUUUUGAUGGAUUAUGCUUGAUAUCGUUCACAAACAUUCACCCACCUUGAAGUUCUAAAGUUCUCUGUACACACUAUUUUAAAGCAACUUACAUUUGUUUUUGUUUGUCUGUGCUUUUUUUUUUUGUAUACUUGAGUAUUUUGACAGCUGGUUGUUUUUAAUUGUUUUUUUUAUCAACUUGUACUUCCUGAUUUGCACCUCAUUUUCAAAGUGUUUUCUGAUCUUGAAUCCAGAAGGCAAUUUCAGAGGUUCCUCUCCAGUGAGUUAAUGUAAAGGAUGUCUAUUUGACAGAAAGUGAAGACUAGUUCUGAGUUAUGUUAAAAGAUUUCUUUUUUUUCUUUUUCUUCUUUCAGUAGCUGUCUUCGCCUGUGCAAUUUAAUAGAAAACUUCCAUGUUUUUUGUUGAUUUUGUUAUCCUGACCGACCAAGUGUGGAUUUUAAUAUACCGUAUGCGCAUUACAGGGAAGAGGGACGUUUGUCAUUACAGGCAUCUACCUCUGGAAUGGUUUAGAUUGUGUUUGUGAAUUUUAUUUGUAUUUGUUGUCUCUUUCCAACAAAGUAUGUUCAGUAAUAUUUCUGACAAAUGUUCACAGAAUUCACAGAUGAUGUGACGCAGGUUUGCGUUGAACCCGUCAACACUAAUUUGGUGGAUUAUUAUAAACACUAAGACUUGUGCACUAGUGUAAGUGUAGUGCGGAAUGUUGGUUUUGUUUUUAAGUUUCUCUCUACAGUUAAACUAAGCCAUGUCGAGCUAUUUUAAGUUUUAAGAAAAGGAAAAAAUGCUGAAAUUACAGUCAAACACUGUUAACAAAUAGUUUUGCGAAGGGACUACAGUUACUGAACACUAUUUCAUUUGCUCGUUCACUCUUAAACUGUAUUUGGGACACAUUCCUCAGCCGUUCCCAGACACUCCAGUCUGUUAUCCCACGUGCAGCUUGUUUUUUUUUUUUUUCUUUUUCCUUCGUUGUUUUUCACCAUGUGUUUGAACGAUAUAUGCUAUGUAUUGGGGGAAAAAGUGUAAGUAAACAUUUCAAAUUCUUGUUUUUAA